CUCAAUAAACGAAUAAUAUUAAAACACCCUUGCUAGCAUAUAACCAAUUAAAGUCAUUUCCAAAGAUGAAUUUACUUAUUUUUUCCGUUCUUUCUCUCCUAGUAUCUACAUCUUAUGCUAAUAUUAUUCAAUCCGACUAUUGUGUUGGAGACUUAAGCCUACCUAGUAGUCCGGCGGGAUAUUCUUGUAAGAAUCCUGCAAAAGUCACAGCUGAUGAUUUUGUUUUUUCAGGUUUGCGAGUGGCUGGUAACAUCGCAAAGCCUUUUAAAUCGGGUGCAAGUACCGCAUUUGCCCCUCAGUUCCCGGGUUUGAAUGGUAUGGGUAUUUCCAUCGCACGAGCAGACUUGGAGGUAGGCGGGGUUGUACCAAUCCACACACAUCGAGUGUCUGAGCUUAUCAUCGUUGUAGAAGGAACAAUAAUUUCAGGGUUUAUCGACACAAAUAACACUGCAUACUAUAAAACUUUAACCAAGGGAGAUAUAAUGAUCUUCCCACCAACACUGCUACACUUCCAAGUUAAUGUAGGAUCAACGCCGGUUCUUGCGUACGCAAGUUUCGCAAGUGAAAAUCCUGGUAUUCAAAUUGUUGACACUGCUUUGUUUCAAAGCAGUCUACCCUCGGAAUUGAUUGAGAAGGUUGCCUUGCUAGAUGAUGCACAAAUUAAGAAGCUCAAGAAGAUGUUUGGUGGCACUAAUUGAUCUAUUAUUCUUAGGGACCAAUUCUCUUAAGUUUUAGUUGGACUUAUUUUAUAUUUUAUAUACAUACAUAGAAAAAAUAAUUGAUCAAACAUUAAUUUCAGGUCACUUUUCAUAUGUGUAAUUUUGUUACGUAGUAUAAUGUUUGGACUUUGGAGUAUACUCUUCCAAUUCAGUGUUUGGUUUUGCUUUCUGAAGAUUAAGUUUAGCUCCGUUUGGACCGUUUCUAA